AUGCUCCGCCGAAAACCCACCGCCAUAACAAUCACCCCCGAAGACCUGAUCUCCUUUGAAGAAGAACGCCUACGCCAGCAAACCAUCAUAGACCAGGCAAAACAAGCAGCCGCCGCCAACAAUCAGUCCGCCGAAUCCGAGUCAUCGGCGUUUACGGGCAAGAAUUACGAUCCGAAUGAUGAGCUGAAGCCACUUCCAGGCGAUAAGGCGAAGAUUGUGCGGACUCGAGACGAACGAAUUGGUGUGAGUCGGCGAACAUGA